AUGCAUCAACAUCAAGAUGCAGCCUCGAAUGGGGGUCGAUGGAUCAUGCCGGCCCCCUCUCGGCCGAGUGGAUUUGUGCCUUCGAACUCGGCUCCGGUGUCCGGCACGUGGCAGCAGUCUCCGGGAGUGAGCCCGGUAAACUUCUGGCCCCAACCUUCGAUGCCCACCCACAUGGGGUAUCCGCCUGCCGGCCUGCCGCCUCCCGCUUCGGCGCUUCACAUGGCAGCCAAUCAACCACCAAUCGCACCCUCUUACCAUAUGGCAUCUCCCGUUCACUGUUCGGCGUCACCCAUCAACCAAACGCCAGCAUCGUCCGGCCCUUGGGUGCCAACAUUGCUUUCCCAUCAUAUGGCAUCGCCGGUUCACCGCAUGGCCUCCCCUUUCCACCAUUCGGCAUCUCCCGUUCACCAUAUGACAACGCCUGUCCAUCAUUUGGUAUCACCCACUCGCCACAUGGCCGCAUCACCCGUUCAGUAUACGCCAUCAUCGUCCGUUUACCACACAGCAUCGCCCGGUCGCCACACGGCCUUCCCUUUCCACCAUCAGACAUCGCCUGUUCAUCAUAUGGCAACACCUUUUCAUCACACGGCAUCACUCGUCCAGUAUACGCCAUCUUCAGUUCACCACAUGGCAUCACCUGUCCACAAUGGUUCUCCUCAUCUCAACUCCUCCCAGACCAUCACCCCCCCGAGCCAGCCCGUCUUGCCCAUGUCCUCGCAGACAACUUGGUUGCCGCCUAGCCAGACGCCUUCCCCGACUCGUUUGCCAACCACACCAAUCCGCAUGAUGAGCCCUCUGCACGGCAGCCACCACUCCAGCCCCGCUCUGGGCUUCGUCCCGUUCUCCCCGGGAGGUUUGUCCUACGCGCCAAAUUCUCCCUGCCUCAGCGUGUCUAAUGUCAGCACCCGACAUCGGGCCGCUCGAGGCAACGACAACAGCAAUCCCCGCCAAAGAAAACACAGGCCUGGGGUGCAUCCAGCAGUAGCACAAUUCCAUGUGAUCCGCAACAAGCUGAUCGACCUCGACCACUUCCUCAGACCGAAGCCUAGAAGGCGGGUCCCUACACCCCCCCACACGUUGAGGCUGACGGUGAGGCCUGCAAACGCCUUGGACAAGUUCUCCGGCGACAGGGCCGAUAUUAUCGGAUCCUUGAGUGCGCGAGACGCGACUUGGGCGGGAUUGAAGGGCAUCGGAUGCAAGGCCGGCACCUUGUGGCUCAACUUCACGAGUGCGGAAGCCAUGCAGCGCUUCCAAAGAUCGAAUGACCCCUUCGAAGAGGAGCUUUGCUUGUCCUUGUCGAGCAAGGCAAGAGACCUGGAGGCAGUCCUCGACGUCACCAUCGACACUUUCCAGUCGGCAGAAAACCGGUUUUAUGUCGAGAUCAUAUUUUAUGGCUGCAAGGCUGAACGCAACAUGAGGGGUCGGAGAGACUGGUUCGAGGAGCCGUUUGGCAUUCAAGUUCACUCCGUGACAGUCAGAUGGUCGAGGCUUAUCGUCUCCUUUUCCGACGUCGAGCAAGCCUGGAAGCUUCUUCAAGCAUACGAGACCGCAAAAGAUGACUUCUACGUGAAUUACCGAUUGGCAAUGGCUAGGUGUUUCAACUGCACCAAGGAUCAUCCUAGCAAAGAGUGCCCCGUCAAGGAUAAGGAGAAGGAGAAGCAAUGUGGCAACUGUCUGGGCCGCCACUCGGUCACUUCGCCGAGAUGCUUUGCCGAAACAGUUGCUGAUAUGAGACGGUUCUGUGCAGAAAUCGACAACGCGGACGUGGAGUGGUACAUCGGCAAGAUACGUUCCUUCAAACAGCAGAAUGAGCGGCCUCCGGCGAAUGCGCCGCAUUAUGUUGACCUGACCGGCUCGACUAAGGACUCUGUUGGGGACAAUGAGGACAUGUACAACGAUGUCGACCUCAAUGACUCGGACUAUGACCAAGUAUUUUCCGCUAUUGAGAGCAAAUCUCAGCCUGCGGAGGUACCGGGAGAGAUAUCUGUUGCGUCGACUGCUGCGUCCGCCUCUACGACACCAGCAGCACGCCAGCCAUUGGCCCCUAAGAGCACCAACGCUUUUUCCAACGCAUCCGCUUCGAAGCCGCAGGGAAAGGGUGCUCCGACUGCUGCACGCAGCUCUAAGACAUCCUCAGUGCGCAAGCCCUUGGCUCCGAAGAGCGCCAACGCUUCCUCCAAGCCUCAGUCCGGCUGUAACAAGGCCAGGUCGACCACAUCGGCGCCAGCACCGAACGCUCGCAACGCUGCAGCCGGGAAGAGCAUCAACAGGCAACAGUGCAAGGAGGGCACGCGCAAGCGACUGGCAAGUACGGCUGUGCUUGGUUCGACCCGGCCAAAGACCCGAGUGCGCACAGACAACAGCAAGAACACCAACACCAACACCAAUUCUUCCACCAACACCGCCAAGACGAAGUCCUCGCGAUCUGGGAGAAGGAAGCGACUCCAGGAGCGGAAGGCUGCGGAGGGAGAGUCAGCCAACACUCAGAAGGCUACGGAGCCCAAGCCAUCCGACAAGUCAACGGCCAAGUCCGACAAACAGAAAGUCCAGAAGGCAACUUCAUCCAAGCAUGCAACGAACAAGUCCAACAAUCGCGCUAGAACCAUUCCCAUCAGUCCUGCUGCCACAGCGCCUACUCCAAGGGUGCACAACACUGAUCAACCAUCGCCAGUCGCCUCUCCUGGGGAGGGUAUGGUCGAGUACUUUGGCACGUCUUCGCCCGCUACCAUCCAAUCUUUGGACGUCGCCGCGUCGUUGACUCCGGUGUAUCCUCGCACCAGUGACCGCGAGAACAGCCAAACUUUCCUUUCGAACUCAUCUUUGCCUGGAUCUGCUGCUGCUUCCUUCUCCGAGUCGGCAUUUUCCUUCACCGGAACUGCUGAUUCUCCCUUCACUGGAUCUGCUGCUUCAUUCACUGGGGUUUCAGCUUCCCCCGGAUCUGAUGCUUUCACCGCACCGUCUCAAUGCAUGAGCCCUUCAUUCCCGAGUCCAACAACAUCGAGUGGGAACCUCGUUCCGACCGGUCUUCCUCCUUUGUCGACUUUGGGUCAGGCCUCCAACGCAUCCUCAUUCUCUUCCCCCGCCACUCCGUCGCGGAGCGGCACCGUUUCUCAGGCUGUGACUCCCAACACGCUUGGUGUCAUCGUCAACGAGGGCAACCAGUCUCGCGUCUCAAAGCCUGCUGCCGAGAGACUCGCACUCGCCAAGGCCUCGUCGGGGACUAAUCCCACAACUGUCUUGACUCCGCCCCCGAGCAGCCAGCCCCCCACAGCCGCACAGUCUUCCGUCCAUCCGUCGGGUUUCCGCCAGAAGACGGUCGAUGAGAGCCGGAAUUAUGACCAAACGCCUUGCCGAUCGUCUCGAGCGUCUAAGCCCGCUACCGCUGCACAGCUUCAACUUAUCGGAGUGGCUGAGAAGAGAAUGGUGAUGAGCUCUAUGCGGCCCGAGCUCAAAGGCCCACAGUCGACAGGAGGAGAUGACGUCACUAAGGAGAUGGCUUGGCUGGGUGACGGAUGGGUUACCGCCUGGAUAGGGAGCUUCGUGUAA